GCCGAGUCCUAGUAAUUCAGAGGGUGACGUGAAAUAAAUAAAGUCGGACAAAAAAUUAUUCUUUAUUUGAUCUCAUGUCUAUUUGUUAAACAAACAAAAAAUAUUUCCGUUCACAAAUUCUAAAAUGUCGAAAUUGCUAGUGUAAGAUGUUGGGAGUUUUCAAUGUUACUGUCAUUUCAUCUAUUAACCAAUAAAAUAAAAUAAAAAAUUUCUGUCCUUAAAAAACAUUCAUUUCAUUCUCCCAUCAAGUAAACUACACAAACAUGGAGGAUCAACUGAAACUGAACCCUAACUCGGUAAACGGACUCAGUGAGUCCUCAGCCCCUUCUUAUGACAACAGCGAUGACGAAGACACUCCAGUUCUGAGCUCUCAUACUCUCGCCGCCCUUAAAGAAUUCCUCUCCGAGCAGCAGAGUCACUCCGAUGCCGGAGACUCAGAGGUUUCUCUUGUAUCUGAAGAUUGGAGACUGAGUCAGUUCUGGUACGAUUCAGAAACUGCAAAAACUGUUGCUGAAGAGGUUCUCACUCUCUCCAAUGGCGUUGAUUCUCGUGUUGCUUGUAUCGCUUGCCCUACCCUCUAUGCUUAUCUCAAGAAAAUGGAUCCUUAUGUUUCUGUGCAACUUCUUGAGUACGAUAAACGUUUUGAGCAAUAUGGAAGUGACUACACAUUCUAUGACUACAAUCACCCCGAGGAGUUGCCAUCAGAAUUGAAGCAUUCCUGCAAAGUUAUAGUUGCCGAUCCUCCGUAUUUGAGCAAAGAGUGCUUGGAAAAAGUUGCCGAAACAGUUUCUUUUCUCAGACAACCUGGAGAGUUGUUUUUGCUUCUACUCACGGGCGAAGUGCAGAAAGAAAGGGCAGCUGAGAUCUUGGACUUGCAUCCUUGCGGGUUUAGACCUCAUCACUUUAGCAAGCUUGGAAAUGAAUUUCGACUGUUUUCAAACUAUGACCCUGGAACGAGACUAGGAGGAUGGGAAAAAUAGAAGUGGCCCAUUCUGGAUUUUCCAAUAUGAAACGAUAGCGCGGAGUUGGUUUCAGAUGUUUUUAUUUGAAGAUGCAGAGAUAGAUUUGAUGUCCGGGGGUUUGGACAAGAUCUUUGUUUGUCGCUAUGAGGAUAUUAUGCUUGAACUACUGAUCAAAUACAAAAGUUAUUUUGAGUUUACUGAUACGAGCUAGUGUUGAUUUGUGGCCUAUUUAAAACAUUGAAAAAUAGUUGUAUCGGAUUAUCAGAAAGUGUGUUUCAUGUAACAGUCAAAAGUUGCGUUUACUGCUAUAAGAGAUAUUUCGAUAUAAACUUCUAA